CGCACUGCUUCGCGCUUUUCAUCAUUUCAUCUGUUAUACUUGCUUUGCAGGAUCAUGAGUUCUGCAAGCAAGGUGGGUGAGAUAUUCACAGCGGCUGGAGCAGCCUUUAGUAAGCUAGGAGAUCUUACAAUGCAACUUCAUCCCACGGCAGAGCCAAGUCCCUCAAGUGGGAAGUGGACACAACAGGAAAUAGAUCUGUUGAGAAAUGCUGUGAAAAGGUUUGGUGAUGACUUGGACAAAUUAAGUGAUGUUAUUAAAACAAGGACAAUUACUCAGAUCCGAACACAAAUGAAACGGAAGUCUUAUGAGGAUGCUGGUCUGCCCCAGCCCACCGACUCUCCCAAGAAGGUAGUGAUCGAUAAGAAGCUUGUGACUGUAACUACCACGCCCACUGCUGCUGCUGUGGGUGGGGAACCACAGGCCAAGAAACAGAAGAAUGAUGUGACACUCAGUGCAUUGAAUGCUCCCGAAAGUGAUGUGGAUAUUGAAGGUGAUUCAUCAUCCUCUAAGAAAUUAGAGUUUGACUCAGAUGUGGAUUCUAGUAUGUUAUGACUAAAGAAAAGCCUUUGAUACCCCUGUCAGUGUGGGAACAUGAUGAAACUCUGCUACCAAUUAGUCUGACGAUUAGUUAGGUACAAAUUUCUUGUGAAAUUUUGUGUACCAAAUCAAAUAUUGUUAAAAGAUAAUUUGCUUUGAGGAUUUUCAUUGCAUUUGUUGAUUACAUCUAUAUCUUAAUGAUGUUUCAGAAAAGUGACUAUGAAAGUGUGUAUAUGUGCGAGUGUGUUGUGUUAGUGUUUCAUGGCAUGACAAUACUGGAUAACCUCCCUUUGUUUAUCACAUUAGGGUUGUCAUCAUAUAUAAUGCUUUUUCAUAUCUAAUGUAGUGUUGAUCUUGUAAUAAGACUAUACUAUAUUAUCUUGUUUGUUUGGAUGGAUUAUAAUCUCAAAAUUAUCAAAAUAUGUUAGCAAAUUGUACUGUAUGUACCUGCUAAUUCAGAAGUCUUUGAAACUGCAAAUCUCAUUUCAGAAAUAUCCAACAAUAACAGAUAUUUCAUAGAGGAAAUAAUCAGGAAUAAUUUCCUUAUAAAGAAAAAAUUGAAAAAUAGUUGACGAAACUUGAGUGAUUUUUGAGUGAGAGAGUUGAUGUAAAAUUUAUGUAUAAAUGUUUUUUACUUUCUGUGGAGAGGCAGCAUUGAUACAAAAUAUUGUAAUAUGAAUUGUGUGUACAUAACUUUAAUAAGCUUUUUUAAUGUCAGUUAGGUUUUAUUUUGAGUUUUAUAGAAAUGACAGACAUCAUUUUCAUUGUAUAAAUACCAUUAUAUAAUAUCAUUUUGUAAAUAUGUAUAACUUCAUUAUUUUCAUUAUAAACCAUAUUGUGUUCGUUGCCUUUAUUUUAUUGUGUAUCAUGAGUAAAUUUUUGGACAUUUCCUGAAUAUUAAACUGUUUACAAAAUACAUGUAAAAAGAAUCAGUUAAAGCUGACAUAUUGAUUUUUUGAGGUCCAUGUAUUUUUGACAAUUAUUCCUUACAGGUUUGUAGUGCUGGUUGUCAGAAAAUCAUGUUAGUGAUGAUCCAGUGUGUGUGUUAAUAUAUACCAGCACAGAAAUGUCAUGACUUCAUAUCUUCAAUUUAAUAGCCCACUUGGUCUGAUUGACCAGUGAAAUCCUACUCCUUUAGAAGUCUUCAGAUUUUGUCUAAAUCAAGUUUAGCAUUCUUGGGUAAAAAAGGAAAUCAUUUUUGAUAAACAGAGGGUCUUGACCAUCUGGAGCCAGAGGAGUGGGGCCCCACAUUAGGGGGAAUAGACCCAAUUAUUUAAAAUCUUACUCCUCGUUCAGGAAUGGUUGGAUUUUGUCCAGAUUUGAUCUGAAGCAUCCUUUGGUGAAGAGAGUGCAUGUAAACCCCUUUAAGAGGAGGAGGGAGGAGGGGGCCUAAUAGUGGAAAUAGAUAGUGUUGAAAAGGUUUUCCCUUUAGGUUAGAUUAAUCAAUUUUGGCAAACUAAUCCAGGUAAGGGAUACAGGCCCAUGGAACUCAUUUUGUUUUGAAAAUUUCAGAAAAUCAAGAAGAUCUUGAAAGGCCAAGAAAUUCUGAUGAACGAACAUUGAAGUUCUUUUUUAUAUAAAUAUUAAGAUCAAUCCAGUACAUCUUAAUGACAUGAAUCUUAUUUCAAGGUAGGCUUACUUUAUUCUUUAUGAUAGUGUAUUGGUUUAACCUAGAAUACAAGAACAGGUAUAGAGUAGAAUGAUAAGCUACCUGAUAUACAGAACAAACAGUGUGUGUAUCGAAUUAACAAUAAUAUCUCUAAUUUCCAGUUAUAAAAUUUCUACAUCAAGCAAGCUCUGUGUACAAUUUUUUAUGAAGAAUUUUGAAGUGAAGAAUAUGUUGGGUUUAUCGUUAUUCAUUUGAUGAAAUAGAAAUUUUGAAAUAUAAUACAAUCCUAGUUCUGACUGUUACAUCAAACCAUGUCCUGUAUAUUUUGGAACAUUAUCUUCAGGUUGGUAAUGUCAAUAGAAUUUGUCUGAUGAAUGUGAUCGUGUAGUCACUGACACAUCACACUCAAAUCUUCUACUGGUUGUGUUAUAAGAACUUCUAUCCUGUCACAUCCUGUAUAUGUGUGUUAACAUUUUUUGAUAAUUUUCCAACUGGACCAGCUCUUAAUGUAAACCACUUAGCUGUUUCUUUGAGAGAUAAACUCUGUUGUAUAUGAUAUAAAUGAAUUACCAUGUUUAUGAAUAUUGGUAUGGUAAUAUUGAAUUUGUAUCAAUUGACAUAAUUUAGUAAAUUUUAACAAAUUCAGAUGUUUACAUCGUACAAGUUUACUAUAAUCUAUAUACUUAUAUGACUACAGAGUCUCCAUGCAGACUCAAUGGCAUCCUGUCAAAUCUGAUCUCUGUUGUUUUUAACAACAUUUCAGAAUUUUACAUUUUUCACAGUCAGCAAUGAUUUGUAAACAAUAAAAUGAGUAAGGAAAUGAUA